AUGUCGAAUGUUGUGUGCCAAGACGUCUUCCUGCCGUGGGAGCUGAAGAAGCGCGCGCGCUGGUACGGCGACUUCAGCAUGAUCACGGUGAAUCUGCGCCAGAGACCCGAGGAUCUGCCCGUGGCGCGCCACUGGUCCCUGACGCCGUGCUUCAUGCCAGAAAUGUAUCGCGACUACGCGCAAAAAAUCGAGCAGUUUCGCGCGCGAAGUGACGACGUCUUCGUGGUCUCGCAGCCAAAGUGUGGCACAACUUGGGCACAAGAGCUUGUGUGGAUGAUCAACAAUGGGCUGGACUACGAGAGGGCGAAGGAAGUGAAUCAGGACGCGAGAUUUCCCUUUCUAGAGAUUGGAUCCAUUUUCCCACCGCACUGCAACAUUGAGUUGGACAGCGUGGAAAAGUGUGAACGUCUGGCCAGUCCGCGUCACAUUAAGAGCCACCUUCCGGCUCAUCUGCUGCCCACAAGUGUGUGGCGCGUGAAGCCCAAGAUAAUCUACGUGGCGCGCAAUCCGAAAGACGCCUUCGUAUCUUUCUACCAUCACACGAGGAAUCUCAACGGCUUUCUGGGCUCCUUCGAGGACUGCCUGGAACUCUUCCUGGCCGGAUGCUACAACUACGGCCCAUUUCACAGUCACGUGCUGGAUUUCUGGCGCAUGCGACACGAACCGAACAUCCUCUUUCUCACGUACGAAGAGAUGAAGCGCAAUCUCUGCGCCACCAUCGAGAAAACUUCCCAAUUCCUCGGCAAAACCCUCAGCAACAGUGAUGUGCAUCAACUCACCAGUUACUUGUCCUUCGCCUCAAUGAAGACCAACGCGAGCGUCAACAAGGCGUACUUUUGUGACUUGAUGGCGCAAUUCCUGGAUCUGGACAAGACACACUUCUCCUUCAUGCGUCAGGGCGAGACGGAGACGUUCAGGGACACACUCACUGCUGACCAGAUUCAACGCUUCGACGAGUGGACAACGCGUGAGCUUCAGCACACUGACUUUCGCUAUUGA